AUGGGGAGAUUAUCAACCCAAGAAGAAAAUGUGCUUCAACACUUCAGCCAUGUUCACCCCUUGCAGCUCUCCAGUCUGCAACAACAGCAACAAGAAGAUGGAAACCAAAGGUUUUGUAAUGGUUGUGAAUUAUUAUGCAAAGGUCAAGUUUAUAGGUGUUUGCCACGCAACUACAUACUUCACAAGUCUUGUGCUCAAAUCCCACAAUCAAUCAAACUCCCAGCUCACCCUCAGCACCCUCUCAAACUCCUAGCAACACCAACAUAUGCUGAUGGCUCCUUUAUGUGCGACGCAUGUGGGCGGCAAGGCCGUGGCUUCUCCUUCCACUGUGAGGCUUGUGAGUUUGAUAUCCAUCCUCUUUGUGCAUCAAUCCCCCGUAGGAUCCAACACCAAGCCCAUCCACAUGAGUUGAUCCUCGUAUACACCUCCCCUCAUACCUCCCCUUAUGGUGCAGUCACCUACACUUGUGAUAUCUGCAGUACCAAUAUUGGCUCUCGCCUCUGGAUGUACCGGUGUGCCUAUUGUGGCUUUGAUGCCCACUUGGGCUGUGCUAUUUCCCAAGCACAACCACAACAACCACCACCACCACCACCACAAGCACAACCACAACCCAUAGAGACCAACCCAUUAAUUCAGGGCCAACCCCCAUUGGAUCAGUACACUGCACAACUGAUUUCAGUCAUCGACGAUGGAACUCCGGGGGCAUCUGAAAUAAUAAGGGGAAUUCUGGAUAUCAAGCGUCGGGAACAACAACAGCAACCACCCCCACCACUUCCAUUAUCACAGGUAACUAGUCCUCUUACACAACACAGGACCAACCAAUUACUGCAAGGCCAAUCUCUGUUGGAUCUCCACUCUGCACAACUAAAUUCAACUGAUCCUAGUCAAAUUGAAGAUUCAUUAACGAGGAUUAGACUGCAAGCUGAAAGACAGGCGAUGGAUGAGAUCACAAGAAUAAAUGAGAUGGCAAGAGUCUAUGCAGAAGCAUACCAGAGGCAGCUUUCAAGAUCAACUUCUUACCCGUUUCAGGUGCAACCACCACCGGUUGCUAAUCACAUUCAGCAUCCUGCAACAGUUUUUCCACGUCCGAGUAGUACCGGCUGGGCAGAUCAGUUAGCAAAUGGCUUGAACCAUAUGUCCUUACACCAGAUUAAUGGUGGUAGCAGCGUUGGACAACAGGGUGUAGGCCUUGGUGCAAUGGGUGAGGGUUUUGGGUUACAGGGUGAUCAACAAUACUUUGGCAACAACUUGGGAAAUCAAACUGGUUUUCCUUCACUUGGAAAUCUUAUGGAUCCAAUGAAUGGUAUUGAUUGGAGCGAUCUGAUCAGUAAUGGCUUGAAUCUAAUGACAGGAUUCAUGUGAACUUGUCCUGGCCUAGGAGUCCCCAGAAAAUCAAAGUUGGAAUCUAAUGUAUUGAAUAAUUAAAGAGUUUUUUUUCCAUAAAGAUUUCUUAUUGUUGUAAUCCUUUUCAGUUCACAUCCUCUGAAAAUGCAAACUUCUGUUAAUAAAUUCAUCUA